CCCUCUUCGAUCCAUACCAUCAUCCUCCCUUACUGUCAUUUGGUCACUCGUCUACAAUCUGGUGAUCGGCGUCCUCUAAAGAUAUCCAGGAUAAGUAUAGAACGCAUAAACUAAGAAAAAUCGCGUCAGCUCGGCCUACUACCCCCGAAGGCGGCUGCACCUCAGCUCGAAACUGGUAGAGUCUGAGCAGGAGCCGCACCAGCUAUUGGCAAGCCAUGUUUCAGCUCUCCAUAAUCAAGGAUACAGUAGCCAUUCACCCGUCGCAAUUUGGUCUGCCACCCCAGCAAGCCGUUACGAAUGAGUUGAACAAGAAAUAUGCCAACCGCGUGCUUCACGACGUUGGGCUGUGUAUCUGCGUCUUUGAUCUGUCAGAGGUCGGUGAAGGCAAGGUGAGAUACGGCGAUGGCUGUCUGUGGUAUAAAGUUGUAUUUCGACUUGUCGUGUUUAGACCUUUCGCGUCUGAAGUUCUCCUCGCAAGAGUGAAGUCGUCCGAUGAGGACGGCAUCCGCUUAACCGUGGGCUUCUUCGAUGACAUAUAUGUCCCCCUGGUGUACCUGCCGGAGCCCACAGCAUUUGAUUCAAAAGAGCGCGCACACUUUUGGCUACCAGGAUCCGAAGCGACCUCCUCUCAUGAACUCCUGGACUCGGCCUUGACAGACCGGAUGUACAUCGACACCGGAGAUGUGGUCAGGGUCCGAGUUGAGUCGGACGAGUUUCACGAUGAUGAGCCUGGCCCUCCUAAGGCCCACGAAGGAGUACAGCAGGUUCAGGAAAAUCGAAGGUCCCCCUACACUAUCACCUGCUCUAUGGCCGAGCAAGGGCUAGGACCAACAUCAUGGUGGAGGAAUGCAGGUGUUGAAACGAUGGACGAAGGUUGAGUGGCGUCACCAUGACGCUGAAGAGCAUGAGGGUCUCCGGCACAGGUGU